AUUUUUUUUGCGUUGGCUAACUGGGCAUCUUGACUUGGGCCAAGCUGUCGCUAGUUUUCAAUUUCUAAUCGGGUAGGCAGAAACAGUAUGGAACUUCUCGAUGUAGGAAGAAAAAUUGGAGGACUCCAUGCAGAAAUAUCAAGAACAGCAAAUUUUACAGCCGACAUUGAUCUCACUUGGCCUAUUGGUAGUCAACCAAAAUUUAAAACGGCAAAUCGUUUUGAUGUAUUGAAAUGGACAUAUUUUAACAUGACUCAUUCAUUCUAUGAUGAUGAUUUUGGAGUUGUCGAGGAAUUCAGUAGUAGAGAAAAAAAUGAAGUUGAAGAAAUCAUUAAUACAACAGUAAAAACGUUUCUUAAAAAUUCUGAGCAAAAAUUAGUAUUCACCAACUUAGAAAAUGGUUACUGGAAAUUGGAUAACGCAAGAGGAGUUGAUUAUCUGCUUGAUCUUAGUUUCUUAACCAAUGAAGAAAGAGAAAUUAGCAUUAGAAUACAAGCUUGCCAACCAGUAGGUAAAGUUGAAAUAUUGCCAGCACCAUAUGUAACAGAAAAUUCAAGAAUAAAUAUGGUUAUUAUAGUCGAUUUCCGAAGAAUCACGGAAGCUAUCCGAUUUUUAGCACAUUAUGCAAAUGUCUGUAUGGACAGAAAAGAUAAAACUUCAUUGACGAUUAUUUUGUUGUACAAUCCUGGACAUGUAUCGAAAGGAAGCAACGACAUCUUUUAUACAGUUAAACAACGCGUCUUAUAUCUGACUCAUAAGUAUAAAAAAGACCAACUAAAAGUUACAUGGUUCUCGAUUCGGCUGCCUACUGUUACUAAUUUUGUAGAAACUGAGUCCUCUUUGAAAAUUGCUAUUGCUGAUUUGUAUAUUAACAAAUUGACAUCAGAUAAUCUUAUUCUGUUAGCUGACUCAAGGAUGGAAAUAAAAGUUGAAUUUUUAAACAGAGUACGCAUGAACACAAUCAACCAAUGGCAAGUUUUUAGUCCAAUUCCUUUUGUGCAAUACAAUCCAAGUAUCAUUCAAUAUGGUGAGAAAAAUCACGUGAUGUUUGAUAUUAUUCAUAGUAAUGGUCGAUUUGACGAGUAUAAUUACGAUUUCGUAUCGUUCUAUGCAAGAGAUUACGCUACAGGUAUACAAGCAUAUAAAAGUGAUUAUAAAAAUUUACUGUAUUUACAGAAAACUGUUUUAUUAUUUUUGUACAUUUCAGUGCGAAAAUCCAUUAAGAAUCAAAUACCUCUUGUGCAAACUGACAAGGAUAUCGCAAGUAUGUUAAAAUUAUCACAAAGUGUCCCCAUAAACUCGAUUUUUGACAUGUUUGCCGUCCAUGGCAAGCUAAACACGUUUCGCGCCACUGAACCAGCCUUAAAGCUUUUCUACAGAGACGUCUCUUGUAAUGGCACAAAAAAUAAUUUAUCUCAAAGCAUGUGCUUAAAGCGUAAAAGCCUACAACUUGGAAAUCGCGGCCAGUUAGCAAGAUUGAUAUUAAAUUAUCAAGAGCAGUAUCAUUGAUUUUUUUAAAUAUUUGUUAGUGUAUGAACAUGAAGUAAGAGACUUUUAAAACUGCGUUCGAGUGAAGAAGACCAAAUUUAGUCAUAAUAAUAAGACAGAUAAUAGUAACUUUUGUUGAAGUGUGUAUAAUAAAUGAGUAUUAGGUAACUUAUAUCAAAAAUAAUUUAGUGUAAAUAAGUAUAUAUUAAUUAAUAGUAUUUGUAAAUUAUAUUUCAAGUUUAUACAUACAAAUGUGUAAAAAUAUGUAGUUACUGUUGCAGACAGCGAGAGAAAUAUUGAAAAAGAGGGAAAGUUUGUUUAAACUGAAGAAGAAGAUUACAUUUAUAGAUAGAGAAGGAAAAGAAAUGUAUUAAUUCAUACUUUCUUAACAAUUUCGGUAAAACAAAUAGCUUGUAAAUAUGUACAAAUAUAUCCCCUUAAUUUUAUAAUAAAGUAUAUUUAUUGCAAGGUUUGUAAAGUAAAUUCAUUCAUCUAUGUACAAAAUUUCCCAUCAAAGAUAGUCAUAAAGGUUGAUGUAAAAGCAAAAAGCAACGACAAAUUCAAUUAUUUCUUUUUUAAAAUAAAAUAUUUCGCAAACAAUUGUGUCACAUUUAUUAGUCUUGUAUUAUUUUCAUUUUUUAUUAAAAAUAAAGAGUAUAAAAAUACUAGAUUUUUUCGGUUAAACUAUAUUAUUCAAGUACCCUGCUAACAAAUUACAAACAUAUGCAAUUGGCAAGACAUUAUUUCUUUUACUUAUUUAUUAAUUUGAAGGUUCAGCUCGCACAAGAUUUGACGAUGGUUAAAUUGUAGAGCUCGUUGAGUUUAAAAGAAAGUUAACUACUACAAAAUCCCUGAUACCUUUCCACUUUUAGCAUGGUAUCACCAAGCGUAUAGAUAUUAGGACAUACUUAUUCAACAAAAGAAAGAUAGGCUACAUCAAUCAUUGCUACAAUAACAACUAAAGUGCGCGUCGGCCGUCGUACAAUGGAAAGUACGACCAUUCUUUUUUCCGCUUUGCUUCUCUU